CUUCGCUUCAGUUGCCUUCGAUCACUUGCCCACUGUAGAAGCUGGUAAGCGUGCGUCGUCGUCUACGUUGUUUUAAUCGUUAUCGACAAACGUCCGUUAUCGCGCGUUUGCACAUACACACUAAACUCGUAACCAAAACCAAAGAUCAUCGUCAUGUCGUGGCUGGUGUUGUUGCUCAUCUUGUACACCGUGUGGGAUGUCAACUAUUUUAUACGCUGCAUUUUCACAGUCCUCGGCGGUCGUCUGUUCCAGCGCAAACGCAAAGUGACCGAGACCACAACGAUCUAUGGUCUCUGCACGUCCCAGGAUGUGGACAUCUUCAUCAAGCACAUGAACAACGCGCGCUAUUUGCGUGAACUGGACUUUGCCCGAUUCCAUUUCUAUGCGCUCACCAAUCUGUAUGAGCAAGUGCGCAAUCGCGGAGGCGGCGCCGUUCAAGGUGCAACCAGUGUGCGUUAUCGUCGCACCAUUCCCAUCUUCCAUCCAUACAAGAUCCUAACGAAGCUCGUCUGGUGGGACGACAAGGCCAUCUAUUUGGAGCAACAGUUUGUCACACUUACCGACGGCUUUGUCCGCGCCGUCGCCCUCUCCAAGCAGUGUCUCACCAAAUGCGAUGUCAACGAGCUGCUCAAGAGCUAUCCCGAGGCAGCGCAAAAGCCUCAAAUGCCCGAAGAACUCAAGUUGUGGCUCGACUCCAUUGAGGUCUCCAGGCAAAAGUUGCGCAAAGACGAUUAAAAUAAGAGUCAGAGUCGCCCCCCUCCCCACCCCACAAAAGCGUCGCUCAUGCGCAUCGCACUCUCUGCUUUUCUUUUGGAUUUUACUCUUUGUAGGUCUCUUUAUUUUUCAUUUCGCUUUCAUCCGCUUUUUUUUACAUAAAUAA